AUGAAACAAAGUACCGAAGUGAAAGAAAGAGAAUAAACAUAUUUAGUCAGUGUUCCCGUAAUACUUCCGAUUACAGCAUCUCUGCCUAAUUUUCACUCCCGCUGAUCCUCGUCGCACCGCUAGCAACACACCCCCAACUCCAUCAGCACACUUCUCUCCCUCUCUACGAUGGAGCAAUACUGGUCUGGGAGUGCGAUCAAUAAAAACAAAGGGAUGGUAGAGAAUUUGCAGAAUUGUGGAAUAAUCAAAUCUCAAAAGGUGGUUGAAGUAAUGGAAAAUAUUGACAGAGGUUUAUUUGUACCCAAUGGGGUUCAACCUUACAUAGACAGCCCCUUUGCUAUAGGCUAUAAUGCCACUAUAUCUGCACCGCACAUGCAUGCAUCCUGCCUUCAGUUGCUGGAGAAUCAUUUGCAACCUGGAAUGCAUGCUUUGGAUGUUGGCUCUGGGACUGGGUACCUGACAGCGUGCUUUGCCUUGAUGGUUGGACCCAAUGGCCGUACUGUUGGCGUGGAACAUAUUCCUGAAUUGGUUUCCUUUUCAAUCAAGAAUAUUGAAAAAAGUGCUGCAGCUUCAUUAUUGAAAGAUGGUUCCCUUUCUCUGCAUGAUGGUGAUGGAAGGCAGGGUUGGCCUGAGUUUGCCCCUUAUGAUGCCAUUCAUGUUGGAGCAGCGGCACCAGAGAUUCCCCAACCACUUAUUGACCAAUUGAAGCCCGGCGGUCGAAUGGUUAUUCCUGUUGGAAACAGGUUUCAAGAUUUAAAGGUUGUGGACAAGAACACCGAUGGUUCUAUCAGUAUACGGACUGAGACUGCUGUUCGAUAUGUGCCUCUCACUAGCAAGGAAGCUCAACUUAAAGGAGAAUAAGGAUAGCGAAGUGGAAGAAAAAUCUUCAUAGCGUCGCUAAUACUUUCAGAUAUCUGUGGUUUAUGAAAGAAUCUGUAUAGUUCAAGUUGGUUUUCUCUUCGAUCAUGUGGACUAAUGGUGAAAAUGUCGCAACCGUGUACCAAAAAACAAAUAUUGACUUUAUUCAAGAAGAUACUUGGUGAAACAAACAUUUAAGUAUGGCAAAUGAAACUAGAAUAAGCUUUGAUGUAUUUAUUAUCUUUGUUAUAGUAUGCAACAGAAUAGUCCUCCACUUUUGCUCGUGUGUAUAUAAUGGCAAAUGCACUAUGUUUACAAGGUAGCUCACUUAUUUGCCAUGCAUUGCACCCUCAUGUAUGUGAAUGUAAGUUCACAGAAAGUUAUAAAACCAUCAUAUUACACUUCAAAUAA